AGCUUAACAGCCAGGAAAGUAAUCCAGACAAACUGUUUUGACCGAGUUAUCCGCAUGCUCCGGCUCUCUCCCAUAGUCAAGAUGGCCGAAAACGCAGCGAAGCGUCUCAAGACGGACGGCAGCCCCGUGACGAUCGGCACGCACAACGGGCACUUCCACGCCGACGAGGCCCUGGCGGUGCACAUGCUCCGGCAGCAUGUCCCGACCUACGCGGGCGCCAAGCUCGUGCGCACCCGCGACCCGGCCCUGCUGAGCACCUGCCACACCGUCGUCGACGUCAGUGGCGAGUACGACCCUGCCGCGAACCGCUACGACCACCACCAGCGCUCCUUCAACACCACCUUCCCCGGCCGCCCCACCAAGCUCAGCUCCGCGGGGCUGGUCUACCUGCACUUCGGCCGGGAGAUCGUCGCCCGCCGCCUGGCCACCGCCGCCGCCGCCGCCACCUCCGCCGAGGACGACCCGCAGGUGACGCUCGUCUACAACAAGCUGUACGAGUCCUUCGUCGAGGCCCUCGACGCGCAAGACAACGGCAUCGGCGCCUACGACCCGGCGGCCCUCGCGGCCGCGGGCCUGGAGAAGCGCUUCUCCGACGGCGGCUUCACGCUCGGCGCCAUGGUGGGGCGCCUGAACCCGAACUGGAACGACCCCGCCCCCGCGUCGGGGGGCGCCGAGGCGCAGCAGGCGGCCGAGGACGCACGGUUCGAGCUGGCGAGCCGCCGCAUCGGCGAGGAGUUCGACCGCGACCUCGACUACCUGGCCGGCGCGUGGCUGCCGGCGCGCGAGGUGGUGGCCGAGGCGUUCGCGCGGGGCGGCGACGCCGACGCCGAGGGUGGCAGGAUAAUGGUGCUCAGGGGCCAGGCGGUGCCGUGGAAGGACCACCUGUACACGCUGGAGGAGGCCGGGGGCAGCGCAGGGAGGGUCCUCUACGUGCUGUACCCGGAGAAGCCGGCCCCGGACGCCAAGUGGAGGGUCCAGUGCGUGCCCUUGUCCAAGGACUCGUUCCAGAGCCGGAGACCGCUGCCGGAGGCGUGGAGGGGGUUCAGGGACGAGAAGCUGGACGAGAUCACGGGUAUACCCGGUGGGGUGUUCGUCCACGCGGCGGGGUUCAUCGGCGGGAAUAAGACAUUCGAGGGGGCGUUGGCCAUGGCAAAGAAGGCUCUUGAGGACUAGGCGCUGGGAGGGUGUUUCACGGUUCAUUUAACUCAACAUUCACGGACGGCGCGAAGGCCAGAGCCGCUAGAAUAAAUGGGACAGACAUGUGUUUGGGCUGGUUCAGUGGGUAUCGACGGCGUAGAAGAGGGAGAAAAGCAUCUUGUGUAAAAUUACAGUUCGACACUAGUUUCGUCUCUCAUAGUCAAGUUGUUUUGCUGAAACUGGUACCUUCACACCUUACUACCCG